ACCUGAGGAGCUACAGACACCAGGCCUAUCGGCGGCUGCGCAUGAUGAGCCAGAUCCGCGAUGAGCUGCUCCGUAAGGUGCGCAAAGCAAUAGAGGCCAGGCAGAGAGAUAUGGAACAGGUGCAAAGGGAUCAGGCAAGGCAUGAGGUCGCCAGAACGGUAGCCACAUACAAGAGAUGGCUGCACAGUUGGUCCAAGUCGCUGUUGUCGCAACGCCGGCUGAUCGUGCAGCAGAGGCAGGAGGAACGCACCCAAGCCCAAGUGGCAAGUGGCAAGUGGCAAAUAAUCUGAAUUGGAACGAAUCGUACCCAGAUUGGAAUAUGAUUUUCUUACAAUUCUGGUGGACUCUGAUGGUGCUGGGUGGUUCCAAGUUGCUCCCGGCCGACUCGGAGCCGUCGAGCAGCGAGAAGUUGCGCAGUUUCAAUCGGGCCGUGAAGGAGGCGCGCGGCAAGAUUCAGGAUCUCUACGGCCAGGAUCAGUACCGAAGACAGCCCAGGCACACCAUCGACGAUAUGCUGGCCAGCUUUGCCCAGACCAGCAGCGGAGAAUCGGAGGACAAUGCCAUGGCGGAGGCGGCCAACGCCUGGUAUCGGGACUUCCAGACAGGCCACAAGAAAUCACAUACUGUCAGUAAACAGAGGGGCACGAACUCCGAAAGUAACUACUUGAAGGAUAUGCAGAGCACAGAGAUCGGCAAGGUGAAGCAGAAGUACAAGGAUACUGCGGUGGAUCCCAUCACUCUAGUGUUCGAGACCACCAUGGCUCCCUUUCAGUACGGUGGUAGCGGUCUCACCUACCUGGACAUCAAGCUGAAGCAGGCCCAGGAGAUUCUAAACGAGCAUGAGAAGACUAGCAAAAGGGAUCCAUACCGGGUGAAGGAGUAUCAGAAGAAGGCAGAACUCAACGACGAUCUACCGGAGUUUGAAAACAGGCCAGUGCCGGACGGGUUGUAUGAGCAAACAUUGCUCCGGCUCGAUUCGCCCAAAUGGAGGCCGAACAAUCUGUUGCACGAGGCCAACUACAAGCUGUCUAAGAUCGAGCAGGAGGCCUCUGAGAACGCCCAACGGAAAAUUCCGCCCAAGGGCAGGGGUUUGAACAAGCGCAGCUCCUAUCACGGCUUCAAUCCAAUGAACGAGAUCAAGCUAAAGACAAGCAACCGCCUCAUGCUCAAGGGCAUGGGACCCUCGCUGCCGAGCAAUGCGCUGGUGGAGAGCCAGCAUGCCCAUCUCGUGGACGAACUGAUAAAGCGCCGGGAGCGGAAAAUGAGACGGGAGCAGGAGCAGCAGCAGGAUCCAGAUCUGUAUCUGGAUCAUUAUCAGGAACAGAAUCAAGAGGGAUACAUGAGCGAUGAUGGUGAACGGCGGCAGCAGUACGAUGGCCUCAGUCCGAUGACCAACAAAAUGAGGCAGUCUCCGGAGGUUGUAUCCUCCGGUGGCCACAACAUGUUGGAUCUGCCCCAGAGCUACGACUAUCGCCUGCCCCCGUACGAUCGCUUCCAUGCUCUCAGCCAGCGGCAGAUGCCCAACAUGGUCGACUACUUGCACCCCAAUCGCAGGUCCGUUGGGGACCCGGGACGCUACAAGCGGGAGCAUACCUUAAAUAUGACCCUGGCAUCGACAGCGAAGGUGGCCGUGAAUGAGUCAGGAACUAAGGCCGAGCAGCUGGACAUCCCGAGUGUGCCUGCGCUCAAGGAAAGUGAACCAAAAGUCGAAGAACAACAGGAUGUCAAAGUGGAGCCGGAUAAAGAGCCAAUCGACAGCAAGGUGGUGGGUAAAGCUACUGCUUUCGAAAAGGUGCAAGGUCGAGGCUGAAGCAAAG